AUGUUGGAGCUGAGGCUCGUGCAGAGGAGCCUGCUGAAGAAGGUCCUUGAAGCGAUUAAGGAUCUGGUGAACGAUGCCAAUUUCGACUGCUCUGCCACCGGAUUCUCCCUCCAGGCCAUGGACUCCAGCCAUGUGGCGCUGGUGGCGCUGCUGCUCAGAUCUGAGGGCUUCGAGCACUACAGGUGCGACCGCAACCUGUCCAUGGGUAUGAACCUCGGCAACAUGGCAAAAAUGCUCAAGUGUGUCGGAAAUGAUGACAUCAUCACCAUCAAUGCGGAUGAUGGCAGCAACAUGGUCACCUUCAUGUUCGAGAGCCCAACUCAAGAUAAGAUUGCAGAUUUUGAAUUGAAGCUCAUGGAUAUUGACAGCGAGCAUCUUGGAAUCCCGGAAGCUGAGUAUCAUGCCAUAGUUAGGAUGCCAUCUGCUGAAUUUGCAAGAACUUGUAAAGAUCUGAGCAGCAUUGGUGACACGGUUGUGAUCUCUGUAACCAAGGAAGGUGUAAAAUUCUCAACAAGAGGUUAUAUUGGAACAGCUAACGUUGUUUGCAGACAAAAUACCACAGUAGACAAGCCUGAGGAAGCUACCUUGUCCUCCGAGCUUCCAGUUGUGGUUGAGUAUAAGAUAGCAGAAAUGGGCUAUAUAAGGUUCUACCUGGCACCCAAGAUUGAGGAGGAUGAUGAAGAAACAAAGGGAUGA